GUCCUGGGCUUUAGGAGAGACUGUAUGCUGAGUAGAGCUGGCAGAUUUAUUGAAUAAAAAUACAGGGUGGCCGGCUCGGCGCUCGUAGCCCAGUGCGUAGGGCGCCGGCCACAUACACCAUAGCUAGCAGGUUCGAGCCAGUCCCGGGCUUGCUAAACAACAAUGACAAUUGCAACAAAAAAAUAGCCGGGCAUUGUGGUGGGGGCCUGUAGUCCCAGCUACUCUUGAGGCUGAGGCAAGAAAAUUGCUUGGGCCCAAGAGUUUGAGGUUGCUGGUGAGCUGUGACUCCACGGCACUCUACCGAGGGUGACAUAAUGAGACUGUCUAAAAAAUAAUAAUAAUAAUAAUACAGGGUGGCCAGUUAAAUUUGAAUUUCAGAUAAGUGAAUAAUUUUUAUCAUAGUAUAAGUAUUGAAUAUCGUAUGGAACAUACUUAGAUUUGAAAAAAAUCACUUAUGGCCAGACGCAGUGGCUCACACCUGUAAUCUUAGCACUCAGGGAGGCCGAGGCAGGUGGAUUGGUCAGGAGUUAGAGAUCAGCUUGAGCCAGAGCAAGACCCUGUCUCUACUAAAAAUAGAAAAAACUUGCCAGGAGUUGUGACUGGUUCCUGUAGUCCCCUCUACUGGGAUAUGAAGCAGGAGAAUGGCUUGAGCCCAGGAGUUUGAGGUUGCUGUAAGCUAGUCUAAGGCCUUGGCCCUCUAGCCUGGAGCAACAGAGUGAGAGUCUGUCUCAAAAAAAAAAAAGAAAAGAAAGAAAGAAAUCAGGCUCAGCGCCCAUUGCACAGUGGUUACAACGCCAGCCACAUACACCAAGGGUGGCAGGUUCGAACCUGGUCUGGGCCAGCUAAACAACAAUGAGUGACAACUGCAAGAAAAAAUAGCUGAGCGUUGUGGCGGGCGCCUGUAGUCCCAGCUGCUUGGGAGGCUGAGGCAAGAGAUCACUUAAACCCAAGAGUUUGAGGUUGCUGUGAGCUGUGACGCUAUGGCACUCUACCCAGGGUGAUGUAGUGAGACUUUGUCUCAAAAAAAAAAAAAAAGAAAGAAAUCACUUAUCUGAAAUUCAGAUUUAACUGGAUUCCCUGUAUUUUUACUGGAAACCUUAGCUUUGAGGGUCCUCCUUCCCUGGAUUGUAGUAUCCAUUAGCAAUGCUGGUAUCCUGUAGCACCUUACGUCCAUCUGGGAAAUAGCAUAGUAUUGGGGACUGCCCCAAGGUUCCACCAUGACCCAGACCUUACUCCCACUCCUAAUUUGAACCCAAACAUCUUGCUGGAAUAUCCUUCCAAAUGCUAGGAUUCCUCAUAUUGUGUGACCUGAGGAUGUGUUCUGGGCCUGGGCUGUCAGCCUCCACACAAAGACCCAGUGUUUCCAGGCCCCCAUCCCAGGCCCAUGAGACAGUUUUAAAAAUCAUCUGAUGCCGGGCGGCACCUGUGGCUCAGUGACAGUUCAAAUCCAUCCCUGGCCAAAUGGGAACAAAAAAAUAGCCGGGUGUUGUGGCAGGCACCUGUAGUCCCAGCUACUCGGGAGGCUGAGAUAAGAAAAUUGCGUAAGCCCAGGAGUUGGAGGUUGCUGUGAGCUGUGUGACACCACGACACUCUACUGAGGGCGAUAAAGCAGCCAUGGGUGCCAGACAGUGCGGAGACUUGUAGGGCAUGGCUGCAGCUCUGAAAUUUCUGCCCCGUGUGGCCCGAGCCCCCUUGCGUUCACUCCUCUGGGGGUGUCCAGUGGCCCGGCUGGCCAGUGGCAUGGCCUUGGCAGAGCAGGCACAGCAGCUGUUCAAGAGUGCUGUAGGUGCCAUGUUGCCAGGUCCCAUGCUGCACCGGACACUGUCCUUGGACCCUGGGGGCAAGCAACUGAAAAUACGGGACCGGAGCUUUCAGCUGCAACAAAACCUCUACCUGGUGGGCUUUGGCAAGGCUGUGCUGGGCAUGGCAGCUGCUGCUGAGGAGCUACUAGGCCAGCAUCUCGUGCAGGGUGUGAUCAGCGUUCCUAAGGGGAUCCGUGCUGCCAUGGAGCAUGCUGGCAAACAGGAGAUGCUGCUGAAGCCACACAGCCGAGUCCAGGUAUUUGAGGGUGCGGAGGACAAUCUGCCAGACCGUGAUUCACUUCGUGCUGCACUGGCCAUCCAGCAUCUGGCUGAGGGGCUCACAGCUGAUGACCUGCUGCUUGUGCUCAUCUCAGGUGGGGGCUCAGCCCUGCUGCCUGCCCCCAUCCCACCUGUCACACUGGAGGAAAAGCAGACACUCACCAAGCUGCUGGCAGCCCGUGGAGCCACCAUUCAGGAGCUGAACACCAUUCGGAAGGCCCUGUCCCAGCUCAAGGGUGGGGGACUGGCUCAGGCUGCCUACCCUGCCCAGGUGGUAAGUCUGAUCCUGUCAGAUGUGGUGGGGGAUCCUGUGGAGGUGAUCGCCAGUGGUCCCACUGUGGCCAGUGCCCACAAUGUACAAGAUUGCUUGCACAUCCUCAAUCGCUAUGGCCUUCGUGCUGCCCUGCCACGUUCUGUGAAGACUGUGCUGGCUCGGGCUGACUCUGACCCCUAUGGGCCACACACUUGUGGUCACGUCCUCAAUGUGAUCAUCGGCUCCAAUGCACUGGCACUGGCUGAGGCCCAGCGGCAAGCAGAGGUGCUUGGCUAUCAGGCUUUGGUGCUGAGUGCAGCCAUGGAGGGUGAUGUGAGAAGUGUGGCCCAGUUCUAUGGGCUGCUGGCCCAAGUGGCUGGAACCCGCCUCACCCCAUCCAUAGCCGGGACUUCUGUGGAGGAACAUGCAAAACUCCAUGAGCUGGCAGCUGAGCUCCAGAUCCCAGACUUGCAGCUGGAGGAAGCUCUGGAAGCUGUGGCAGAGGCUAGAGGCCCAGUCUGCCUGCUAGCUGGUGGCGAGCCCACAGUGCAACUGCAGGGUUCAGGCAAGGGUGGCCGGAACCAGGAACUGGCCAUGCGUGUUGGAGCAGAGCUGGGAAGAUGGUCCCUGGGGCAUGUUGAGGUGCUGUUUUUGAGUGGUGGCACUGAUGGGCAGGAUGGUCCCACAGAGGCGGCUGGGGCCUGGGUCAUGCCUGAACUUGCCAGCCAGGCUGCUGCUGAGGGCUUGGACAUGGCCACUUUCUUAGCCCACAAUGACUCACACAGCUUCUUUUGCCGCCUCCAGGGUGGGACACACCUGCUGCACACAGGGCUGACAGGUACCAAUGUCAUGGAUGUCCACCUCUUGUUCCUGCGGCCUCGGUGAUGGCAUAGGGGGAGUCCAGAGUAGGUCUACAAAGACUAGGUCCUAGGGCAGACAGGGUUGGUCCCUCACUAGGCCUUAGGGCCUCUCCCUCUGCUCAUCUCUGUUUGCUUAGUCGGCCCUCACACUUCCCACUCAGGGCCUCUCUGCUUUGUGUCCAUUCCCCAUAACUAGACUGGCAGAUGAGGAUGCCCUCUAUCCCUAUGCCCUGGCAGCAGGUACCCCUGAGGACCAGGACAAGACCCUUGACCAGUUCACUUUUCUCCUCUGGGAAACUCCUCUGUUGAGCCUCUCAGCCUGUUUCUACCCCUACCCCCACGGAGUAAAGCAAAAGUGACUGAAAAUAAAAAGAACCACUUUAUGGGUUCUCAGUAUAUGUUCCCUCAGAGCAAGAAGUAUGGCGGAGCUGCUGGGGUAGCAUGUGUGCUGGGCAUGCUUGGGACUUAUUUCAGGUAAAUGGAAGCCUUUGCCUGUCUCUGGAGCCUGCAAACUGGAGUCUGACUCCUAACAGCUUCAAUGAGCAGAAGCAGAGACCCUAGGGAGGACAGGCCUCGGAGUGACUGACCACCUGGCCAGCCAUGACUGCUGUGGCAUCCUUACCAUGCUCUCUCCAGCCUCAGCCUGAGUGCCUCAUUAGAUGAACAUUUACUACCUGUUACCAAGGAUGUCCCUUCUGUCUUUGAAUAGCCCUUAGCCACAGACUGCACCUUUUUUGGUUAUGCUGAAAUCUUCCCCAGCUCUUAGCCUCCUAUUUAUCAAGGGACUGCCCUCAGCCACAUAGGAUGCUGGACCUUGUUUCCUCAUGCCAACUCCACUUUCGUAGGCUGAAUAUCCCCAGUUCUUUCAGCCACUUUGAGGACACAGGCCAGGUCCUGGUUCCAGCCCUUUAGUGGGUGAGUCCAAGCAGUGAUGGGAUCUAGCAACCCCUUGACCCUUCUCAUUACAGCAGGUGGGAGAAGAGAGGUGUGUGGGGAGGACAGCCACAGAAGAAUGGCUCCCUUGGCCUGACCAGCAGCCUGGUUGGGAAAGGGAGGCACUACUGUUCCACUCAGGCCCCCUUGCUGGGUAUUAGAGCCCACCGCUGGCCGUCCCCGCCGUGCGCCACGGCUCCAAUCCCUAUAUGAGUGAGCAGUAGAAUCACAUAGGAAUAAAAAGCCAUAGAGAACAGCGAGGCCUGGGGCUGCUCUUGUUGACCCUUAUCCAACCCUACCCUUCCCCCUCCCUGAGGACGCACCUUCCCCUUGGAAGAGCAUCUCUUUCCCACUUGGGCUCUGCACAGCCUAGCUUGUGGAUAGUUCAUGACUUGGGGAGCUGGCUUACACAGGGCAGGCUGGAUUUUGGGAGGGAGGUGAGCAGGGCUCUGGGACCAUGGAGGUUUAGGGAAGGGGGAGUUUGCACCCUACUAGGAUGCAUGGGCACCUCUUCCUUUCCUUCUUUCUUGGCAUUGGAGUUGCUGCUGACUAGGGUUGCAGUCUCAGGGGACAUGGUUAUCUUCACAUGGCAGUAUCAUGCCUGGUGUUCCUCUGGCAACCUCUAGAUGUGCCUGUCCCUUUUUCAGUCUUUACCUUUGGGGGCAUGAUCAUAGCACCGGGUGCCAGGUUACAGGCAAAAGCAGAAUAGGAGGGCUGGGGCUAAGGGCCUGGCAGCCAUGUCCUCUGUCUUUGGUGGGCAUAUGAGCACACAGAUGUUGGUGUUGGCAUGCCAAGAGGGGGAAUGUGUGUGUGAGUGUGUGUAUAGACACUCAGCACAGGACACAUACUGAUACGUCUGCUUAGGGUUUGGGGUGUGGGUAGGGUCUUUCAGGGGGCUCUCUCUGUCCCACAUUGGCCUCUUCUUCAUACCUUUGUGGGGGCUGGGAAACCAGGGCUUAGAUUGGGCCCCAUAGGGCCAAAUAGUCUGUGGGUUUAACCCAUUAGAGUUGCUCACUCAGUACCCCAGAGGUAAGGGAUAUAUUUGGCUGUAGUCUAGAUGAUAAAAUGGGAUAAUGUGAAUGUUUGAUAGGACUCAUUUACUCCAUAAAUGUCAAUUAUGGAUCAUUAAAGAGCUCCCUUCUUUUGG